UCUCCCCGGCCGGCCCCGAAGUAGUCGCCAUCGAAGACAGAAUGAGGAUCUUGCUGCAGAUUUGUCUCGUUCUAACAACAUAUUUAGCAGGUACGUCCUUUCAAUAAAUUUGUUUAAGCACCUAAUCACGUCUAUACACGAAAUUCAGCAUCAAGUAGGGCCCAGUCUUCGGCACAGUCGUGUCAAGCCGGCAGCAUUAAUAUACCGACUGACGAAGACGCCGUUGAAGUUGGCAGCAAUACAGUUUUUCUGAACAGGGAAGAUCCUGCCGAGUGUGACGGGCAGGUGUACGGUUGGCACAUAUGUAGAGCCCGGAGAAGCAAUGUCCCGAAUCCUGAAGUGAUUCUUGCAAUGUACCACAGAGUAAGCUCAGUCUUUACCGUGGUGGAUGGCAGCUACAGAGAGCUCAUUGUGAGCGAUAAUGACUUUGAAUACAAUGAAGAAUAUGACCUCGAGUGUCUUGAUUAUAUACUGGAGCCUUCAGAGUAUUUCAGAGUCAAGAGGGGAGAUGUGGUUGGAGUGUGUUAUGAAGAGGACUCUGAAAACACACUGGAACUAGUAGUCGAGAACACGGAGAGGGAACUUGAGAUACUAUCCACCGAAUCCUGCUUGAUAAAUAUUGCUCAGGUUUCUAACCAAUCCCCAAGAAGAGAGGUGGCACUUCUCUUGUCCGUGUACAUAGAUAUAAAUGAAUGCUUACUUGGAGAGGCCAUGUGUCAUGAGAAUGCCGCAUGUUCUGAUGUGGUGGGAGGAGAGAACAGCUACAACUGUACCUGCAAUCCUGGAUUCACUGGAGAUGGAUUCUCUUGUGUUGGAAACAGUGAAGGAGCGGCUGAGGUGAGUACAGCAACUGAAGUAGGUGAUGGUGGGGGCAGUGAAGGAACAACUGAAGUGGGGACAAGUAGUAAUGAUAGACCGACAUCCAACAAUGAGGUUAAUGUCAGCAUCACACCUCCGGAUAAUAGCAAGAGAAGGGGGCAGGAAAAUGAUAGCGUUGUGGGAGCCAUCGUGGCUGCUUUUGUCGUCGUGUUCCUGAUCAUAGCUGUUGUCGUAACCUCAAUCAUCCUCUAUCUAUCAAGACAAAGGAUAGAGCAAGCUCUAGGCAGAACCAUAGAUCUAAGAAGAGUUACUACCAGUAAGAGGACAGACACAUUGGCCAAAGUUCCAGAUGAGGACCAUGAUUAUGACUAUGUAAUUGCAACUGGACAACCAGUGGACAAUGAAUACGAGACAGUGAACAAGACUCCUCUUCCAGCGCAGACCUCCUCAGUAGUACCUACCUCUGACUACGAGGUCCCCGUACAAAGCUUGCCAUGCAAAUUCGACCCGCCACUUAAAAACUCCCCUCAGUACGAGGCAAUGCUUUCAGCUCCUUCUGUGAAACUGGAAGUUGGGAAGGGCACAGAUUCAGGAGAGAGCGGUGCUUACGCAAGCUUGAUUCAACGAACGGUCGAGCAGCACGUCUAUGAGGCCCUAUCACCUUAUCAGGCUCCAGCCAGCAAACAAGAGAGUCUCUAUGCACAACUGGGCUCCUACAACAUCAGAAACAUUUCCAGAGAGAAUUUGGAGUUUGUUUCAAGACUGGGCACUGGUCAGUUUGGUAAGGUGAACAAGGCAGUGUGGACUGACGGAGACGAAGAAACGGUGGAAGUGGCAGUGAAGACUCUGACAGACUCGGCCAACACUGUAAAGUUUCUCCAGGAGGCAGCCAUCAUGGCCCAGUUCAAACACCCCAACAUUCUCACUCUACAUGGAGUUGUCAGUGCUGGAGAGCUUAAGAUGAUUGUGUUGGAGCUAAUGCACAAUGGAGAGCUGAAAUCAGUCGUUACAGGAAUGAGACCAACGUCAGAGCAGCCAUUAAUGCAGAAUGCUCCAUUGAAACUAAUGGACUUCUCCAAAGAAGUGGCUCUGGGUCUCCACUACCUCUCGUGCAGGGGAUUUGUCCACAGAGACUUGGCUGCCAGGAACAUACUGGUCUCACAGAACUACAUUUGCAAGAUAUCUGAUUUUGGGCUCUCGCGUGAUCUAGCUGUAGUGGAAGAUGACAUAUACGUGUCUCGUGGGGGAAAGAUCCCACUAAAAUGGUGUGCUCCAGAGGCCAUCUUCCACAGAAAGUACUCUACUGCCAGUGAUGUGUGGAGCUAUGGAUGUGUCCUCUAUGAGAUAUGGAGUCUUGGACACAAGCCGUUUGAGGCAAACCAAUCCAAGUGAUGCAACUUAUAAAGAAAGGGUACCGUCUCCCUCCUCCCCCUGGAUGUCCCAAGACGAUCUACAAACUCAUGAUAGACACAUGGCACCCAAAGCCAUCAAGCAGACCUCAGUCGAGGGAGAUUGUAAAGCUUCUACUGGGGAAUGUUGAGCAGAUACUGGCCAUACCUCCUGAAGAUGUGCCAGCUGACAGCCAGGCUGCUGUCCUGGGAGCUCCUCUGGACAGAGCCUCUCAUCUCUACCAAGACCUUCAGAGUACUUACAAAUUGGAGCAACUCAAGUGAAACACAUGAAAUGCUCACACACUCAUAAAAUCUAUUUUCACAUAACAGUGUGUACAGCAGACAAUACUGGUUUUGUACAAUGUAUACUACAGUUGUGAUAUGAGUCAGUGCUGCAAAUUUUCAUACAAAUGUUUCCCAGCCUCCAGAGGUGCCCCAAGCACCAUAGCUAGUGAAUGGCCUUCCUCGACCUCCUCUGGAGGGAUGGCCAGAACAUCUUCCUUCUUGGAAGUCAGUACUUUCAAUAUUUCUGUGUAGGAUGGUCUCUCAGAUGAAGUCAUGUUC